GGAAGCAGCUGAUUCACGAGCUCAGUCAAGCUCAGACAUUUCGACCUAUCGACGCGACAAAUGUCGUGACUUAUCGGACGGAUCACAUUUUUUGACGAUGCAUUUUCUCUCUCUCUUUCGUAUAGUAUAAUUCCAUCGAUCUUUAUAUAUCGAUUCCGAUAUAUGAAACGCCAUUAGAACGUUCACAUUUUUUACGCAAGAGCAAAAUGCAUUAGCGCGCCUCUCCAAAUCAACGGUUUGUUUUUUUUUCGAACGCACAAACAUCUAAUUAAGUAAAUUUCCGCAUACAACAAGCUCGGCUUGUUAGAGCACUUUCCACAUACGAGGUUUCCUCGGGUUUCUCUAUUCUUUCGAUACGAAUAAUCUUCAAAAGUCAGAGGCUGAUUUUGUUUGAAUACAUCAGAAAAAUAUGAGAACGUGACUGAUUGUGAUAGAAAAAUGCGACCGAUGCAACAACGCGAUCGGAAAAAUAAGUGCCAUUAAAGGAGCGCGCGCAUCGCUUCGAGCGAUCGAACGAGGAUUGUAGGGUGGGAGGGAAGGGGGAAGUAGUCGUCGUCGCCGCGGAAAAUCAAGUCUCUUCUUGGCAGAAACGGAAUGACCGACCCGUGGGUGGCAGCGGUGACGGCGGCACGAUAGAUCGCGGAGCUCUUCCGCUUUUUUGACAGAUGCGGAACGUCAGUGCCGCGCGACGCGUCGUUAGUGCCUGUGACAAAAUCGAUAUUGUUUACAAUUACGGCAUUCGCGGUGACCCACUGACAUUCGUGAUUACGAGAGGAAGGAUGUUCAAUUCGAUAUUGCUGCUUUGGGCGUUGGUCGGUCUAAUUGGCCGAGUGCAUGGUAAAUGCAGCUUAGCCCCGAUCGCGGACAACGAGCGGUCGAUCGCCUACGCGUGCAUCCACGGCGACCUGAGCGACCUCGACGAGCUGUCCGACGAGACCGAGUGGAUCGAGUUCUCGGUUUCGCGCUUCCACGUGAUCCCCGAUGACGCGUUUCGACGAUUUCCGAAUCUCCGCCGCUUAUCGUUCUAUAAUUGUCACGUGAAUGCCAUCGAACCCGCUGCGUUUCGCGGCCUGCAGCGACUCGAUUGGUUGACAUUACACGGCACGAGGAUCCACGUGGUGAAAACCGCGUGGUUCCGUCACCUACCGAAUCUCAGGCGAUUGAUCUUGGACAGAUGCGACUUGGUGCAUGUCGAGCCCGAUGUUUUUCGCACGUUACCGCGACUGGAGACUCUAGACCUACGCGAUAAUGACCUCGAUUGUCUCUCGGUGGAGGAGCUGUCGCAUUUGACAAGGCUCAAAACUGUACGCAUCGACGGCAACCCGUGGUUAUGCGAAUGCCGGCUAAGAAUGGAGAAAUUCUUUCACGACAGAUCGAUCGUUCAAGAAACCGAAUGCAGGGUUCGUCCGAGGAUCUGCACCGUCCACAAAAUUCCGCAGUGCAUGACGCAAAUCGAUAUCCCGUUCCCAUCUCCGAUGAUAACCAUCGAACCGAUAAGUAGUCACGAGGAACGUCCCGGGAACCGCUUCCAGACGAGCGCUCUGACGUCCCUGGACCGUCUGCCGGACAGGACUACGUGGCUCGAGAUCACGGGGUUGCGAAUCGAGCGUCUGCCCGCGUACGCGUUCUUCCGCUUCGGCAACAGCCUCCGCAGCCUGGAGCUCCGCGAUUGCUCGAUCGGCGCGAUCGAGCCGGGCGCGUUCGCCGGUCUACAUCAGCUGGAGCGGCUCGCGCUCGUCGGCAACCGGCUGCCCGCGGUCGCCGCUCAUUGGUUCGACGAUCUGGUCGCGCUGCGCCGAUUGGUCCUCGCGCGCAACGGCGUGACGCGCGUCGAGCCGGACGCGCUGCGCCCAUUGGCCGGCAGUCUGCGCCAUCUGGACAUUCGGCACAAUCUGCUACGCUGCCUGUCGGUAAACGAGCUCGCGCAGCUGCGGCAUCUCGAGCGCCUAGACGCGGUCGGUAAUCCGUGGUACUGCGAGUGUCGCAGGAACCUGCAGAGGUUCCUCACGGAUCGCAACAUCGGAUUCGAGAGCUCGGGUCGAUGCUACGACGAGGACGAGGUCAUCGACGACGGAGGGCAGCAGACAUACACCGGGACUACUUCGGCUGGUCAGGUACGCUGGACCUCGUUCGAGCAGACUCUGUAUAACAAGAAUAUAACCAUUAUAAGACCGCCGAUCGAGGUUCGCACAGAGAGACCGAUUUACAGAGGUAGUUGCAUGCAAGACAGGACCCAGACGUCGAGGCAAGUUUUCACCUGCAGUGGCAUUGCCUCCCUGAAGGAAUUGGACGUCAUCCCUCACUCGGCGCACACCAUCCGCAUCAUCCUCUCGAAUCUGAAGACCAUCCCAACUCGAGCGUUCGCCCGUUUCGACGGCUGGUUAUCCAGGCUGGAAUUACGCGAUUGCGCUAUCGAGACAAUCGAGUAUCGCGCUUUCGUUGAUUUGUACAACUUAAAUUACCUGUCGUUGCACAGCAAUCAACUGCAAUCGGUGACCUCCGAGACGCUGGAAGGCCUGACGAAAUUGCAGCACUUGGAUCUCUCGCGAAAUCACAUUUACCGGAUCACCAAUGAAGUGUUCGACAUAUUGCCGCGAUUGUACAGCCUCGACGUCUCCGAGAACAACAUGAACUGCUUCGGCGUGGAGCAUAUGGCACGCAAGGCGCCGCAUUUAUACUCUCUUAAGGUCACGGGUAAUCCGUGGAGUUGCCUGUGUGGCUCCAAGUUGAUCAACUUCCUGGAUUCCCGCAGGAUACCGUACAAUCGCGAGACCCUGUUCGACGCGAGCGACGACUGUCACAUCACCGGGACACCCGUGAUUCCACCUCCAACGACGAUGAUCACCUCGAAGACGACGACGACCGAGCCACCCUCGAUUAGCCGUUUUGACGAGAGGAUUCAGGGUACCUGCACUAGAAUUUUUGACUCUGCAAAACCAAAGUAUCGUUGCGUCGGCGGCAAUCUGUCGUUGCUGAAGAGCGUCCCUCUCGAUGCCAUCUCCAUCGAGUUUCACGAGGGACACUUGCCUCACCUUCCAGCCGGCUCUCUUUACAAUUUCGCAAAAUUAGAGGAGCUCAUCAUCAGAAACAGUGGCCUGAGGACGAUGGAGGCAGGCGCUUUUAGGGGCCUGGACUCCCUAGAACGACUCACCAUCCAGGAUAAUCCACUGACGUCGAUCGAGACGGAGUGGUUCACCAUCGAGAAUCUCGAGAGGCUGGAUCUGCGCGGUAAUUCGAUUCGCUACAUCGCGCCAGGCGCCUUUCAUCACCUGAACGAGCUGGUCUACUUGAAUCUCGAAGGCAACGAUCUGCAGUGCAUCUUCAGCAGCGACUUGCAAAGCAUGCAGCAUCUGCACGUCGUCGAAUUCGCCGGAAAUCCUCUCAAGUGGCGUUGUCGCAUGGACCUGGAACAGUUCCUCGAAACGCGGAAGAUCGAGUUCGUGCGAGUGGAGAACUCGUGCGAAGGUAAGAAGAUCAUGAGGAACCUUCUCUACGAGAAUCGGACCGCCGAGCCUCUGGAAUGUCCGCCCGGCUGCUCGACGGCGAACAGAAUCGAGCAGGGAAAGAGUUUAAUAUUAUUAAUAACAUUUGCACUGUUCUGUGCAAUGCGAAUGCAUUAACUCUCUUCGUGCGUAAGAUUAAGAAUUUUAAGUAUAGUAAAAUGGCCUUCGAAACAUGUUAGUUUUCUAACUUAUGGCGAUUGUUCUCUCUCCAUAAUAUUCCGCAGCCUUUUUUAAAUUUAUAUCGAUGCAUUAUACUUAAAGAAAAUUAAUUGUUCGAAAUUUUUAUCGAUAGUUUUUAUACGAGAAAAGAUAAAUAAUAGAACAGUUAGAUCACGCCAAGAUUUCGUAACAAUAACAGUUAAUAAUGUAGUGUAAUUACAGAGAAAAAUCAAUUUUUGAUAACAUAACAAAAAGAAUGUUUAAACAUUUCUUAAACAGUUAUAGUUUACACUUGUUAUUUACAUAUGUGGCCAUUUAUUUAGAAGAUACAUGUCUAAUAUAAAAGUAACACUUCGAUUCUGCCAUACAUUGUGAAUCACGCGUUGAGUAUCAAAUAUUUUGAUAAUAUAUAUGCAAAAGUUGAUGAUUGAUAAAGUUUGUCGAAACGAAAGAUAUAUCUUUACAAGAAAAUAGACAGAGAUAGAGAUGUGGUAUUGUUAAUGCAAUGUUGUCAAUGCAAUUGUGUUCAUAUAUGAAAACGCUUAAACUAAUAAAUACGUAUAUUUAUUUAAUAACGCGAAAGUGCACGUAUACAUUUAAAUUUAAUCUUUUUAGAAUCUCUUUAAUAUUGUACAAAAUACUGUACGUAGAAUAACGCUUCUCGAUCUCUAGUUAGUUUGUUAGACUGCUUAGAUUGUUAAUAAUAUACUAUAAUAACUGUCGAUCGCAAAACACAGUUUGAUUACAGAUGUUAUUAUUAUUAUCAAAUGUAUCGAGAAUAUGUAAUCUGAAAUUGUGCAUUAUUACCGAAAGGGACCACCGAUGUACCAUCUCUUAAAGGUGAUAAAUUACAUACGAUAUUAUGCAAAGUUCAACGUGACAGUAAAACAUUCACGUGCCAUAAAGAUGCGUGUUAAUGCAAUGUUAAAAUACUUCUUGUGUUCAUUUUAUUAUGAAAAGGAAAUGAUUGUAUAUAUAAUAUAUUUAUUGUCAGAAUUAUAACGAGCUGUUUGCUACUAAAAUGCAAAAAAGAGUUUUAAUAAAAGUUUAUUUUGUGCAAUAA